AUGCCCCAAGUUGUUAUUCUCGGCGCCGGAAUCAUCGGCCUCUAUACCACCUUUCUCUUGAUCGACCGCGGUGUGAACCCGGCCGAAAUCGCAAUUGUCGCUGAAUUUCUUCCCGGGGACCAGUCCAUCCACUAUGCGUCUCCAUACGCAGGGGCGGGAUUCUGUGCAUGCGUCAACGAGCCAUACGUCAAAUAUAGCAGAUACACCUACGAGAAUGUGGCUCGUCUCCACGCCGCCCUAGGCAGCAAAGGAACGGGAAUUGGCACGUUUGUGUCCACCGAGUACACUGACUCCGUGCCCUCGGACCACUUGCUCGACCAGCUUCGCCAGUUCUUGGACGACUUCGACACCGUGGACGUACCCUCUACGGUCCAGGCCCGUCAUGGCGUACGUUACACCGCCUGGGGCUUCAAUAGCCCAUUGCUCAUCAAAAACUUGUUGGAAUGGGCCGUGGGCAAGGGCGUCCAGGUGUCCCGUCGCAAGGUGGCCCACGUCUCGGAUGCUUUCGCUCCCGAUACCGAGGUGGUGUUCAAUUGCACUGGUACUGGAGCCAUUGGCCUAGGGGGAGUCGAGGAUGCCAAAGCCUUUGCCACCCGUGGCCAGGCUGUGGUGGUCCUGGCUCCGUAUAUCGGCGAGUGCCGGUCGCUUGAUGGCACCGAAAAGACGUAUGUGAUCAAGCGUCCCGACUCCAACACUGACGAGGUGAUUCUCGGAGGAAUCUACCAGCGUCAUAACUUCGAUCCAAACGUCUACGGGCAUGACACUGCCGAUAUUUUGACCAGAACCACCCGUCUUUAUCCAGAGCUUCUCUCCCACAACCCCAGUGGCUCCAGGGUAGAGGAUCUCAAGAUUCUUCGGGUGGUUGCUGGUGCCAGGCCCUACCGUGAAGGAGGAGUACGGAUUGAGAAGGAGACGGUGGCUGGCAAGACUGUGGUGCACAACUACGGGGCCGGAGGCCAGGGGUACCUCUGUGGAUUGGGAAUGAGCAGCGAGGCUGUCGAUCUCUGGCAGGGAACGGAGCAUACCACUGCAGUGCAGCCACGCCAGCGGUGGGCACCAAAGCCUAAGGAGUCCGGGAAAGUUAGUUAG